CCUCUCCCCCCCAACCGCAUCGUCGGUCUUCGAUAGGCUCAUCGCUGCGGGAAGUUGGGGUUCGCCCAGGGUCAGGCUUCUGGAGAAUUUUCCUUCCAGCUUGAUGGCUUCGGUUCGGGUCUUGGGAUGACAUGAUUUUGUCGGGAAACACCGGCAACCCGACGCUUGAUUGGAUUUCAUUACACGGUCUAUCCUGGUAUCUGCACGUCUACCUGCGCUGCAAAACUUUUGGUGUCGGGGAUCUGGGGCGAACAAUCCUUAAAUAGUGUACCGUUUUUGGAAAUCUUUCUGUGUAUCCCGGAAGUUGAAUUCCCUCCCUCCCUCUCUCUUGCGUCAUCGUGUGGUCUUCUUGAAUGGUUCGUCGUUGUCAUUGUUGUGGUGGUUGAAUUAGCGACAUCAAUGUCGGCCCCGUCCUCUUCGUCCUCAUUCUCGUCCUCGUCCUCUUCCACGUCGACGUCCACACCCCAGAGCGCCCUCCAAGAUCUCUUUGGCACUCUCUGCAAGCAAAAACUGCUCGAAGAAGUUGACAAACUCAAAGCCGCCAUCGAAAAGGACGACCCACAAGAAGUCAUCAUGUCUAUCCCUAUGCUGCUCGCCCUCACCAUCUGCCCGGCUAUGCUGGGCACCCAAGAGGCUAUCCGCCAAAGUCAGUCCAAGACUAAGCGAGAGGAGCAUCGUUCUCGCCGAUGCAACUUGAUCGUGUCUUGUGUGAAGCCUUCGAUUCGAAGCCGUGAUAUCAACAACAAGUUGAUUGUCCUAAAAGAUUCAAAGCUCUACAUCGCCAACGAACACCCCUUGUACAAUCAUGACCCCAAAAACAAUGUCAGCAAGGGUUACCCUUUCUCAGGAUACUUCCUCCCCUACCCUGAUUCGGAAUACGAAGGCCUGGUCAGUACAAUCAGCGACGACCCUCCCCAGCUCAACUGGAUCUACAUCGACAAGAAAACAUAUGAGGUCAAGUAUGGUCUCCGCACAGAAGCCCAAGAAAACAUCACGGGCCCAUUCGACUGCACUAAGCAGGACCGACGCAUGACCCUUGAGGGUUGGGAGGGCUUCUGCGCAGUAGAGGAACUCCCUGGCAUCUGGGCCCUCUUUUACGACCGCGACGAUAAUGGCCUUAAGAACAAGGUCCCCUUCGGCACCAGAGUCCUCGAGGUCGAACUCACGAGACGCGAGAAGAAGGAGCCCAAGCCAGAGCCUGAUGCCGGGGCGCCCAUGACUCUCGAAGAGAAGUGGAAGCAGCACAAGGCGGAGACUCAGGAGCAGGAAGUGGACCGGGAAGCCUUUCUCGCCACUGGCAACCCUGCUGCUGCGUCUGCCGAGCCCACGCAGCCCACGCAGCCCAUUCAGCCCCCUGCUGCAGCCGAACCCACUUCCGAAGAGAGGAAGCAGAAACUCGAGGCUCUGAACGAAGGGAUGCGUCGCCUCGGUCUCACUCUGGACAAUGUCUCUAUUUCCAAGUCACACACUCAAUCACACGCUCCCAGCGUGGCUACGAACGACUACUCUGUUUGGUCGGCUGCUAGAAAGGCCGCCGAUGGCGACAGCAGCUCCGUCACAGCAGCCAGCUCGGUCUCGGGCAGGAAUCCCGACACCGCCAGCGUGUCGAACGGGUCGGAUAAUGACAUGUACAAGAAACCAUAUGUGGAGGACGCUACGGCUUGAUACGGAUGGGCUACAAGGGCAUCAGGCAUUAGAUUGGCAUAUUGAUAUCAGGCGUUUGAUGGAUGGGCAUACAUAACAUUGGCUUGUCUCUUUUGCGUUCAGCUACA